GGAGAGGACAGGUCACAGCAUGAGGGGAGGAGGGAGGGAAGGGAUGCCCAGGCCCUACAGGGUGUGAAGCAGAGUGAGCAGCAAGAUAGGGCAUGUGAAGAGGGUGGGGAGACUGGGAAAAGAUUCCUCAUGGGAUAGAAGAUACCCAGCACAUGUACCUACAGCCUGUACACAGAUGAUCUAUACAGGACACGUGUGGAGAUAUGGCAAUGCCAUGUGCAAACAGAGGUGCAUACACAGGAGUGCGGUGAUACAGGUCACCGAUAAACAGAGUGUACAUUGCCUUCAGGAGGAUCUCAAGGUCAAGUAAUAAAGGAACUGCUGAAUGGCUUCUGGGAGGGGGUGGAUCUCACUUGACGGAAAUGAAGAGGAAUAGGGGCAAUGGACUGAAAGAGUAGAAGAUCCUUUCUUUACUGUAGAAAGUCUUUCUUGAGGUCCAACCUGCUGCAAUGAGUCUCCUAGGACCUAGGUGGCCUCUCUUGUUCUUAAAGAAAAUCUAGGUGUUCAGGGCAAGGUAAAGAAAAAGAGAGGGACAGGGUGGAGGCCUUGUUCGUGAGAACAAAAAACCACUAUUUCCUCUUCAGAGUCACUUAAAUGCCCCUCCCCUUCUGCCCCAAACCCAGGGAGAAGGGAGCUGGAGCUUUUUGCACCCCCAAACUUUGCUCUUUUCUGCCACUAUCAUUUGGCCCCCUCCUAUCCUCUUACCAUAAGUGCUUUUAGCUCCCAUCCUCUUCCUUGGUACCACCAGCCACUGGCUCCUUAACCCUUUGUUGGCCUUUUCGUUCUGUUCCUUUUUCUGGGACUCAAACUGAGGAUCUUAUGUUUGGAAAAGAUUAGUGUUGGGGUACAGGACUAGGGCCUCUAAAGGAGAACUAGGAAGAUAUAAAAGAUAAAGGAAUGGGGGAGGGGGCAUUUCUCAUUAACCUUUCUUUUCUCUUUACUUUAUGCUAAUCCAGGGUUCCAAGUCUGAGGAAGAUAUAACCUUGUGCCUGCCUGCCCACUUCUCUCUCUGGCCCUGUUAGUCUCUCAAGGUCUGAGACACUGACCUUCACUGCUCAGCUAAGGGUUCUGAGGAUUUCACUUUUUUUAGAUCCAUCCAGCUGAGUGAACCCAGGGUGUUGUUACACCUGGGGAGAGUAAGGAGUGGGCAGUCAAGGCACCAGAGCAAGAGCCCUCUGGGGCCUUGUACAGAGGAGUGAAGCUGGAACCAUCAGGGAACAUGAGUGAAUUUUGGCACAAACUGGGCUGCUGCGUGGUAGAAAAACCCCAGCCGAAGAAGAAGAGAAGACGGAUUGACCGUACCAUGAUUGGGGAACCAAUGAAUUUUGUCCACCUGACUCACAUUGGCUCUGGGGAGAUGGGAGCUGGAGAUGGACUUGCCAUGACAGGUGCAGUUCAGGAGCAGAUGAGAUCCAAAGGAAACCGGGACAGGCUGUGGAGCAAUUCUAGAGGAUUGUAGCUCCAAUAGGAAUGGUUCUGCCAUCUUGAAGCCUCCACUCCGUGUCCAGCCUAGAAGAGAUGCUGCCCCCACUAGAUCCCUCUUAGAACCAGUGACCCAAGGGCCCCUUUUUUCCCUUUCUGCCUAACAGUGCCUCACAAAGCUGGGGGGCUGGACUCCCUCUACUCCCUCUGGCUAUUAGCCCCUCCUGGAGAUGGGGUCAAGGCAGCAGGACUGACCAAGUGACUACUGGUUGGCCAGAGGAGCUCAGCUGAAGCCCUGGACACCGUCAGAUCUGAGAUAGGAGUUCUGGGAACCUAGAAUGAGUUUCCCUCUCCUGAAUGAUGGUCUGGGUGCCACCUGUUUUUAAACUCAACCUGGAACUCUUUAAAUUGUGUAGGUGGGCGAGAUUACUAAAGCUGAAGCCGGCUUUGCUGAGAAGCUCCCUACCUCCCUGCCCGUCUCUUUCUUCCUCGAAUGAACUAAAGCAGAUGUCAAGCAGGGGCUGGGAGAGUGACCACUGUCUAGUCUGCUCUUUCUUUUUAGAUUUCAGACUGUAAGCUCACAGCCUCUCAGUAUCUCUGCCAAUACCACCACGGUCUUUCUCUAAUUAGGCUUCUAAUCCUAUGUUUCUGUAGCAUUACUAGCUUCUCGGCAACUUUCCUUUUUUAAAAAAAUUAAAAAUUUGAGUUAUUUUAAUAA